AUGGAGAAUCUUCAUGCUGAAAUGAUGGCAGAAAUCAAGGAGAUGAAGACCAAGCAGGGGGGUGGAAGGCUGGAUCAAGUCAUGAAAGAAGCAAAUACCACCCCACUGACUCAACUCUUGGCCAAGGCUCUCAUCCCCCAGAAAUGCCCGGUCCCAGCUUUCGAGUGUUACGACGGGUCCAGUGAUCCCGCGGCCCACCUCCGAAAUUACAAUCGAAUUUUGGUCCGAUGGAAUUAUGACGACGCCAUCCUCUGCAGAUAUUUUCCUUCCAGCCUAAGAGGAUCCGCGUUAUCUUGGUUCGACAAUCUACCAUCAAAUUCCAUUUAUUCCUUUGGCCAGCUCACCGAAAAGUUCUUGGCAACCUACAUGUACAACAAGGUCGUUAACACUGGAAUGGAUAAGAUCUUCUCGUUGGCAAUCAAAUACAAAGAGACCAUCAAAGAAUACACUGAUAGGUGGCACAAGAUCUUCCAAGCUAUAGGGAAUGUGGACCCAGUAGUUAGCAUCAAUUGCUACAAGUGGGGGUUGGACAGAAUGAGCCCCCUAUUUGUCGAAAUCCAUGGUACCAUCCCUGCUACUGAAGGAGAUCUUCGAGUAAUCAUAGAGAAACAUGGCAUACUAGAGGAGAUUCAACGAGAAAACCCCAGAGCUCAGGCUCAAAGGCCCCCGCGGACCAACUCAGUAGAACAAGCCAGCGGAUCCAAAGGAGGUGGUUCAGAUGAACGACCAAAUGAAGAUAGGAGAGAACGAAGAGAUGACCGUCGACGUGAUGAUCGGAAAUUCGAAGAUCAAGUCUAUACAAAAUUGAACGCCAGAUACGCACGCAUCUUAAGGGAAAUCAAGGGUCGGGAAAACCUUGACUGGCCUUGGUACAAGGGAAAGCAACCUCCAAGGUCGGAAAAGUCGAAAGAAUACUGUGAAUAUCAUUGUUUCAACGGCCACCAAACCGAGAAGUGCAAGAAUAUCAAGAUAAUGAUUCAAAAGUUGAUAGACGCGGGAGAUCUUAAGCAAUAUGUGCAAAAAGAUGGCUCUGAAGACAAGGCAAAACGAAGCAAACAAGUUCAGCUUCCUGAAGGAAACCGAACUGUAAACACCAUCUCCUGCUCUGAAACCACAUGCCCAUCUCUGACGGCCCAGAUAUGGAAAAGAUUGAGAAAGCAAUUCGAAGACUACUGCGAGUUGUACAAAAUCGAUGGAGUUGAGGUGGAUGAACACGAGCAUUGGAUGAACGCACCUAUGUUUUUCGAUGCUGAGGACAUCGAAGAAGACAUGGAGGACCACAACGACUCCUUGGUGCUCACAUUACCUGUAGCAGGAUGCAACAUCAUAAAAAUCCUCAUCGACGGAGGAAGUUCCAUCAACGUCCUUUUUUACGAUACAUUCAAGCGUAUGGAGAUCAACGACGAGCAGCUGAUGUCUUCGUAUUAUACAAUCUACGGGUUCAACGGAGCGGCAACAAAACCAUUAGGAGACAUUGUCUUGCAAGUGGAAGCAGGACCAAUGAAGGUGGACACUCGAUUCAGUGUGGUGGAUGCACCCUCACCCUACAAUUGCAUAAUUAGCCGAAGAUGGGUGCACAAACUCAAAGGAGUGGCAGCAACUUAUCAUCAGUACCUCAGAUUCCCAACCCCACAAGGAGUGAUGAAAAUAAAAGGGGAUCAGGUCACUGCACGGGAGUGCCAGGAAAUACAAAACCAGCUUAAUAACGAGUAA